UGCGUGCUGACAUACAAGUCAUUAGAGGUCGACGAAAUCAUAAAAUCAGUCAGCGAUGAUGGUGCAGGGGCAACAGCAGUCUUCAUCGGCACCACUCGAAACUCAUAUCAAGGAAAAAUCGUGACACGUCUAGAAUACCAGGCAUAUAGCAAGUUGGCUAUCAAAACCAUGACAGAUAUUAUCCGAACAGCACAUCAAUCAGUCGCACGUUCUGCCCACCAUUCAGCCCCCGCAGCGGUGGCCUCUAUUAUUUCCUGCGCUUUGCACCAUCGGCUGGGGACCGUGCCGGUAGGAGAGUCCUCGAUUGUGAUAGCAGUGGCGUCACCGCAUCGGAAGGAAGCAUUCGUGGCAUGUGAACAGAUCCUCGAGGAGGUGAAGCAAAGGGUACAGAUAUGGAAGAGGGAGUACUACGAGGGC